AUGUCAAACGCUAAAAAAUUAACUCAACAUGAGCUACGAAAAGCCAUGAGUGACCACAAGAAGAAAACAGGAGCGGUCAAGAAAAUAGAAUCUCCGUUAGCAAAAUAUCCUUUUAAAUCUAAUAAUUUAAUUAUAAUAUUAUUAGUAUUACAUUAUAACGAUUUAGGUCAGCUGAUGUGCGUGAUUUGUAAAUCAGUAGUCCGUAGUGAAACUGUAUGGCCUGUUCAUCUAAACUCUAAAUCACACAAGGACAACGUAGCCGCUGCUAAAAAAUCACUAGAGGUAAAGGCAACUGUGAAUAAAGCUCCUACCAGUGCAUUCAAACGACCACCAUCACCUACUCGAACAGAAGUUCCGAUCAAGAAAGUAAAAGGAAUAUUAAAAAAUUCAGGAAAUGUUAAUAUUCCAUCCGUGUUACCUGCAGACUUCUUCGAUGCUCCAGCUGGUCGUGAAGAUACUAGUCCAGCUGUGAAAAACUCUGAAAAAGUCAUAGUGAAUAUCAAUAACAAUAAAUCCAUUGAAUCGACGCCUGUCAAGGCUGAACAGGUCCAAGAAACAGAAUCUACCAAUUCAGCUCCUCUUCCUGAGGGAUUUUUUGAUGAUCCAAUUUUAGAUGCUAAGGUCCGGAAUGUAGAGUACAAAAACCCUGUCGAGGAGGAAUGGGACAGGUAUUUAAAAGAAAUAAAAGAAGAGACAACUCAGUCGGCUCAAAUCAUUGCCGAGGAUCACGAGCUGGCUACCAGUGAAAGGCAAAACAAUGAAAUUGAUGAACAGAUGGGCAAUUUGUUGAGAGUUGUGGCACUUGAUGAGUGGAAGGAAGAAAACACUGUUCCAAAAAACACUGUAGAGAAAAAUAAUGAAAGUUCCAGCGAUGAUGACAGCGACGUUGAUGAAUUUUUGGAUUGGAGGGUCAAAAAGUCUUAUAAAUAA